AAACCAAUGAAGCCAGGUGCAUCCCCUUUGAUGUGAAUUUGCGUAUAUAAGCGCCAAUGGCCGAAACAAGUCAUCAACAGUACAGAGUCAACAGUCUUCUAGGCAAGAUCAAGAAAUAUGCAGAGCAGCAGCAUCCUAAUCCUGGCCGUGGUGGCCAUCAGUGCAUGUGUGGAGGCCAUGCCCCAACGCUUCCAAACUCUGCCCUACUAUCCACCACCAAGGCAACCCCAGCCUCCUAUUCGAGUGCGUCGUCAGGUGCUGGGCGGUUCUCUGGCCUCGAAUCCUGCAGGAGGUGCCGAUGCCAAGUUGGCUCUUAGCAAGGGCAUUGGAACUCCAGACCACAAUGUGAUUGGACAAGUCUUUGCUGCAGGCAACACACAGAAGGGUCCAGUUACCACUGGUGGAUCGUUGGCCUACAACAAUCACGGACAUGGGUUCGAUCUGACCAAGACCCACACUCCCGGUGUCCAAGACAGCUUCACUCAGUCCGCCCAUGCCAAUCUCUUCAACAAUGGCAGACACAACCUGGAUGCCAAGGUUUUCGCCUCCCAGAAUAAGCUCGCCAAUGGCUUUGAGUUCCAGCGCAAUGGUGCUGGACUGGAUUACUCCCACAUCAAUGGACAUGGUGCCAGCCUGACUCACUCGAACAUUCCCGGCAUUGGCAAGCAAUUGGGUCUGGAUACUCGUGCUAAUCUCUGGUCCUCCCAGGAUCGCAAUACUCGCCUUGACUUGACUGGAAACGCUUCCAAGUGGACAAGCGGUCCUUUCAGUGGCCAGACCAACUUUGGCGGCGGAUUGGGACUGAGCCACCAUUUCGGUUAAAAUGAUUAACUGAAAAUUAACUCUACCUCUAUUUAUUAUUGUAAUUAUUUAAUAAACUUCGAAAUAUUUUA